UAAUGGAAGGAAAACCUGAAGAUUAUAGUGAUUAAUAGGGAGGAUAAUCAACUGUUUAUGAAAAUAAUUAUGAUACAUCAUCAUAGAUUUAAUCUUAAAUUUAAUAAUCAUAAAUAUAAUAAGUUUCUUAAAAAAUUGAUUUAUUAGAAUUAGAUGAUAAUUAACCAUAAUAAUAAUAAUAAUAAUAACCAUAAAUAUAAACAUAAAUAUAAACAUAAAUACCUACUUAAUCUAUUUAAAAUAUUAGAAUACCAUUUGCUGAAGUAUUAACUGCUAAUACUCCAGGUUCACAAACACAAGUUUAAGGUCUAUCAAUUGAAACUGCCUUCCAAAAAAAUGGUGAUAAAAUUGUACUUGAUCUAAAAAUUACAAAUAAAACAUAAGAUAAAACAUUCUCAGAUUUUGGAAUCAAAUUUAAUAAAAAUCCAUUCAAAUUAUAACCUGAUACUAUUGAAAUAUAAUGUCAACCUGUAUUUCCAGGAUAAACACAAAUUGCUUAAUCAUUAAUCAAUACAAAUGGACCUGCCUUUGAAGAACCACCAUAAAUGCCAUAUAAAAUUUAAGUUGCUCUAAAAACUAAUUUGGAUGUAUUCUAUUUCUUUAUCCCAAUGUCUUUAAGUGUUUUAUUUGUAUUAUAAAUAUUAAUAAUUUUAGAGUAGCACUGCAAGUAUCACUUAACAAAAAUUCAUAGAAUUGAGCCAAGCAUAAAAUAUAGCCAGAAAAUAAGAAGUCCUUCAAAUUUAAAUUGAUCCAUAAAGAGUAUUAUAUUCUGAUCAUAAUUUUAGAUGAAAGAAAGGUUGGAACGCAAUUACUUUUUCUUAAUUGGAGUGAGAAAAGAUGAAAGGGGUGUUGAAUUACUAUCCUAUGCAGCUUCAUUAGUUAAUGGAAUGCCAUUAUUGGUAAAUGUAAUCCAUACACCAACAGCAAUCAAUUUGCAACUAUAAGUUCCUCAUCCCACAUUAAUGCCAUUAUUAUAUUAAGCAAUAGGAUUUAUUUUAACAUUAAAUUGA